CAAGACAAAUUCCUAGACUGAGUUUGUGUGUUUCUGCUAUGGUUUUCUAGACCAAGAAUCUUGCUUUUCUUUGAGUGCUGCAUCAGUAGCUAAGUGUUAGAAGAGGUGAUUGCACUCAAAAUAAAAAGGCAGCUAUGAAGCUGACAGUCAUGGAAUUAAGAAAUCUAGCUGCAUAGAUUGGACAAGGCAGUGGUGUUUCUCUAAGCUUUGAGGGGCUGGGAAUCAAAGAUUUUGUAAUGCACACCUUUUUUUUUUAGUUGCUUAGCAUGUUGUUUUUAGUCUUGCCAGCAAAUGUUUGGACUGCUAAUGGAAAUGUUUCAGACUUGUAAUUCAGCGCGCUGUUUAAAUGGGAGAUUCUGGGAGGUGACAAUUAAAUUACUAUUUAUAUUAUGGUAUAUGAUCAUGUUAGAAAUGGCACUUAGUAGAAACUGUUCCCUGCUUUUAACAGGAAUAUUGAAGUCAGUGGUCUUAAGAGUUUGAGUCCUUAUAAGUUGGCAGAGGCAAUUCAGAGAUGGUUAUCAAAAUGGGCCAGAGUGGGGCUGCUUUUUAUUUGCUCUGAGUUUCUUUGAAUAUUGAAAUAAUAGAAGAACAUGAGGGAAAAAUCUUCUCCUUAUAGACUCCUCUAUGUACUAGGUUGAGACUACUCUUACUGUGCUGCAUAAUUAAUUUAACGUAAGAAAUAACUGGAAUAAGCAGUUAUCUGUAGUUCUGUGGUGUUUUGUAGUUCCUGAUGUUGGUUAAAACAAUCAGAUGCACAUUGGAAAUUAAGGUUUUGUUUUGUUUUCAGAUGCUGAAUGAUGAUUUAAACUGAACUAUUAAGGUCUAGGAAACCAGGAGGAUCUAUUCCCGUAACAAUGGCAGCAAAAUCAUCGCUCCUUAAAGUAAUACUGCUAGGAGACGGUGGAGUUGGGAAGAGUUCCCUUAUGAACAGAUACGUCACCAACAAGUUCGAUGCACAGCUGUUUCAUACAAUAGGUGUGGAAUUCUUAAAUAAAGAGCUGGAAGUUGAUGGACAUUUUGUUACAAUGCAGAUAUGGGACACAGCAGGUCAGGAACGUUUCAGGAGCUUGCGGACUCCUUUCUAUAGAGGUUCUGACUGUUGCCUGCUAACCUUUAGCGUGGAUGACUCUCAAAGCUUCCAAAACUUAAGCAACUGGAAGAAAGAAUUCAUUUAUUAUGCAGAUGUCAAGGAGCCUGAAAGUUUUCCGUUUGUGAUACUGGGUAACAAAGUUGAUAUCGAUGAAAGGCAAGUGUCUACAGAAGAAGCCCAAGACUGGUGCAGGAAUAAUGGCAACCAUCCCUAUUUUGAAACCAGUGCAAAAGAUGCCACUAAUGUCGCAGCAGCCUUUGAAGAAGCAGUUAGAAGAGUUCUAGCCUCUGAAGAUAGAUCAGAUCACUUUAUUCAAACAGAUACAGUAAACCUUCAUCGGAAACCAAAACCCAGUUCAUCUUGUUGUUGACUUAAAUUUUUUUUUUGGCCAAAUUACUUUUGACUAGCUUGCUCUAUAAAAGGAUGGGGAAGGUGUAGUAGAUAAAAUAACAAAUGGGUUUCACUCUAAUAUUAGAAUUGUAAUAUUCUGCUGCUUUCUUGGGGGAGCAAAAGAAAAAAUUCCAUUCAUGAGUGACUCAUUACUGAAUUAGUGACACUUUCUGUUUAGGAAGGUGUCAAGUAAAAACAUCAAUAUAAGAAUGUAAUUUGCCAACUUUAUUAAAAUGAUAAAUACUUUGAAUAUAAUUAAAACUUGAAAGUUCUAGAAGCACUACUUUGGAGAAACUGUUCUGGAAUUCAGACACAAAGAUACUUUUAUAUGUGUAUAUUUUUAUGAAAUCAGCAUUCCAUUUUUGUUUCACUAGAAGUCAGUUUCUUAACAAUGCUAGAUAUUAAACUUCAGUCUCACUACA